AGAACCCCAACGAUAGAGAGCUCGGCCCCAAAACCCUCAUCUUCUUCUCUUCUCCGGCGAUGGGCGGCGCCUCCAAGCUUCUCAUGCUCCUCUUCACCCCCAUCCCUCGUCUCUACCGCCCCUCUCCGUCCGCCCUCCGCCUCCCUCUCUCCAGACCCCUCUCCACCUCCUCCGGCCGCCGCCUCCUCCCUUACCCCCGCCGUCCCAUCCUCUCCCUCCGCGCUGGGGCCGCUGAGAAUCUCCACACCCAGACCCAGUUCUCUGAGUCCUUUCCUUCGCUGUCGAAGCUUGAGUGGUCGACGCUUGUCAACCAUCUUGUUUCCGUGGGCUAUUCUGAGCGCCGGGUUUUGGUUCCUGCCGGCGAUGACGAUGACUGCUUAGUGGGAUACGAUGGCCUUCCUGAGGACUUCCUGAAGGCCGCUGAGGUUUGCCUGGCUUUUGCGCGGGAUCGGCCGGAUGUUUUGAGGUUGCUGUCUAGGAAGGAUGUUGAGGUUGUUGUGGAGAAUUGUUCACCAUCCUUGUUCAAGAAUGGUAUGAAUUCUGUUAGGCGGAUGAGGGCCUUUUUGAGCGGUGAUGAGAGAGAUGUGUUGCAAACUGAGGGGGCACUAACUGUUGAUUUGAUGCGGUACUUGGUGAGCUAUGCCCAAGGUCUUCUCAAUAUAAAUGAUAACAGUGAAGGCAGAGAACUUAUUGAAACUUCUAUAAGGAACUUGCUGACUGAAUUGGUUAAUGCACAUGGAGUUGCUCAAAUAUCAAAUGUUGAGUCGACCUCACAAAUACGCCCUUUAAGCCAGGGGCAGUUCUCAAGGCCUCCCCGGCAAAAUAUUGAAAUGAAAAGAGGCGAUUGGAUUUGCCCCAAAUGUAGUUUUAUGAACUUUGCAAGGAACAUGAAGUGUCUUGAGUGUGAUGAGGCACGGCCUAAUAGACAGUUGACUGGUGGGGAAUGGGAGUGCCCGCAGUGUGAUUUCUUUAAUUAUGGGAGGAACAUGUCCUGCUUAAGAUGUGACUGCAAACGCCCUGUGGAUUCCCCACUGAGUUCUGCUGCUCCAGGGGGUGGUGGAGGAUAUCGUGCACAUUCGAACAUUGAGCAGAUCCUUAAUGGUAAAAACGGUGAUACAUCUGAAAUUGAGCGAAGGCUAGCAGCCAACGAUGAGAAGGCAGAGAGGUGGUUCAGCAAGGUUUCACAGCUAGAUGAUGCCUCUGAUUUGAGCAGUGCCAUAGCUGAUGAAGAUUUCCCAGAAAUCAUGCCCUUGAGAAAAGGUACCAAUAGGUUUGUUGUUAGCACGAGGAAAACACCAUUGGAAAGGAGGUUGGCGAAUGAGCAGUACAGAAGAAAUCUAGAAGAUGGUGCAUCUGGUAAGAACACUACCACCGAAUCAUCAAUUAGUGAGAGUCUUGACAGAAUACUAGGUCGCUCAUCAGCAACACCCAGAACAACUGAUCAGUCAACUGGUGGGGGGUCGAAUUUCUCUGCCAGAAGCAGAUUUAACUCUUCAGAUAAUAGGCAGAGUAUUAGCCGUUUGAGAGACCCUGAUUAUGUUCCCUUUGUGCCAUUACCCUCCGAUAAGUUUCAGAAAUCACCCAAAUCAGAUAAUGUUGUGCAGCAGUCAUCAGACAAAGAAGAUUCAAGUUUUCUGAAAACUGAUCAGCCAAGUGGUUCUACAGACACAAUGAGUAGAAAUGGUGGAUCAGGUGCUGCCUUUCCCUCUCAAAAAUUUCAGGGCCCAUCUGGAAACAGGGAAGAUAGAGAAUCAUCUGAAGUGUUAGAGAGAUGGCAUAAAAAGGUGGCGGAGCUUGAUGAUGUCUCAGACUUGGCCAGUGCAAUUCCUGAUGAGGAUUUUCCAGAAAUCAUGCCAAUGCGUAAAGGAGAGAACAGAUUUGUAGUCAGCAAGAAGAAAGAUCGGUCUUUGACAUCACCACAAUACAAGAGACGCUUAGCAAUGGAGCAAUCUAACCACUCAAACUUUGUCCCUUUUGUUCCCUUCCCCCCAGAUUACUUUGCAAAGAAGGACAAGCAGCCGGAAGCUGUUACUACUAGUGCAGAUGCAGCAACAGGAACCUCUUCAUUAAAUGAAAAAUCCCAAGUAGAAGCUCCUGCUGUUCCUGAGUUGGAUGACACCAAUUCUGCAGAAAAUCAAUAUAGCAGCGGUAAUUUCAACAAAGAAUCUUAUGGACCAAAUUCGAAUGAGAGUAUGAUUAAUAAUGUUUAUUCUGGAGCCACUGUGCAGUCUGUUGGACAAAGCAAUAACUACCAUAACGGUAAUAAGGAGAAUUGGAGCAGUAAAAUACCUCAGAAUAGCGGUGCAUUUGAUGGCCCUACCUCUGUUGGUAGCCCUCCUGGACAAUCUGACAAUCCUCAAAAUGCCAGAGAAAGUUGGAACUAUGGUAUCUCCGGGAAAAGUUUGGAGGGGUCUGCCGUGAAGGAACCUGAUCCCCUGGAUAUGUCGGAAGAGGCAAAGGCAGAGAGAUGGUUUCGCAGGGCCGCACAGAUCAAGGACAUCUCAGAACUCAGCCAGAUUCCGGACGAGGACUUCCCUGAGAUAAUGCCUAUGAGGAAGGGAGUGAACAGGUUUGUUGUCAGCAAGAGAAAAACACCGCUCGAAAGAAGGUUGACAUCUGCUCAGUACAGAAGAAAUUUGCCGAUAGUGAGUUCCGAACCGAAGAAAGACUCCAAUUGAGAAUCCAAGUUAGCUUACUUUUUUCGAUUUUUAAUCAAAUAUCAAAUGAAAUCUUUCCUUCUCAGGGAUCAAAUUCUUGAAUCCGUGUCACUACAUGAUAAUGUAUUAUUAUUUAGUCUGAAAUGGAUACAAUCUCUUGAGUGAACUUGAUAGUUCAUAUUUAUCUUUGGGAUUCUGUUUGGUGUUUUGAAUCUCUUGUAUGGAAUGAACACAUUUUUCUCUGUAUUGUUAAGGUAAUAAUAACAUUGUGGUCUGUUUGGCUGCCUCUUUCAUGCUUC